ACCACACUCUUUUCAUCCUUCAUAUUCAUAACCAUCACAGUCAUCAUUCUAUUCUUUAUUUCCUCAACCCUUUUGUUUUUUUCUGUUCUUCUUGUUUCACUUGUUUUAGGGUUUCAAACUUUCAAAGUCUUCUUCUUCCAUUCCAAAUUCCAGAGCAAUUGAAACCCAACCUUCCUCCUUGAUUCCAAAAUCGACUUCCUCUACCUUUUUCUUCUCCCUUCAUUCCCGGAUUUUUCGCUCCAGAUUUCUGGUUGCGUGAUUGAUCUCUUUUCUGAUGCAGCAAGUUCAAUUGUAUUGACGUUUGCUAGGGUGGGAUUCGAUUGUGGGUAGCUAAGGAGAACCUUUUUUUUUUUUUUUUGGACGAAAGAGUGUUACAAGGUUCAAUAGUGAGUUGGAAAUGCUAAGUGGCUUGUGAAGAUUAUAAUUUAGAACCCUAGCUAGCUGUGUAGGCUCAUGAUAAUUGGUGAUUGAUUUGGGGGUGUGAUACUUUGUCGGUUUUGCUUGUUGUGGGGUGAUUGGACAAGAAGGGCAUGGAGAAUGGUCACGAUGGGAAAUUAGCUGAGAAAUUCUCAGGCUUGGGUAUUAACCAGCACGGUCAGCAACAUGUGCGUGAUCAAUCUAACUUCUCUUCUAACAACAAUGAUAACUUGUAUCAGGUCAUGAAGGCUGUUGAAGCUGCCGAGGCCACCAUUAAACAACAGGUAGAUGAGAAUAGCCGGCUUAGGUCUGAACUUCUGAGUAAAAUUCAGGAACUGGAAAAAUAUAAACUCAGUGAGUCAGUGGAUCAAAAAUCUCGUUUGGUUGCUCCAUGGAAGGAGCAGGGUCAUGGAUCUUAUGAAGCUCGUCAAUCAGUUUCAUCAUCAGCCAGAAGCAAUUCAGUUUACUAUUCUGAGAACAGUCAAAUAAAUGGAACAUUGAGAGUACUGCCAAAUGAUCAGCUGCCUGUGGAUAAUACUGGCCACUCUCAGUUGUCUUCACCAUCUACAAGGUCAAUAUCUCCAAGCAGGCAUCUACUGGAAGGAGACCUUGAUCCCCGAAUUAAUUCACCUAGGCAAGGCUUGAUGCCAAUGGCUGAAAUGAAUAAUUCUAAUACCCUAAUGAAGCAGGAUCUGGCCAUUAAGAUUCGGGAACAUGAAGAAGAGAUCAUUCUAUUAAAGAAACAUCUUGCAGAUUAUUCUGUAAAGGAAGCACAAAUACGCAAUGAAAAAUAUGUCUUGGAAAAGCGCAUUGCAUAUAUGCGUCUGGCCUUUGAUCAGCAGCAACAAGAACUUGUAGAUGCCGCAUCAAAAGCUUUAUCGUAUAGACAAGACAUAAUUGAAGAAAAUAUACGUCUUACAUAUGCAUUGCAGGAUGCACAGCAAGAAAGAUCAACAUUUGUUUCAUCUUUGCUGCCUCUUCUUGCAGAAUACGCCUUGCAGCCACCUGUUCCUGAUGCCCAGUCAAUUGUUAGCAAUGUCAAGGACCGCACCUAUAUUGAAUUCUCAGUGAAUUCUGCUUUUUGGCAGGUUUUGUUUAAACAUUUGCAGGAAAAACUUCUUCUCACUGAGUCGAAACUAAAGGAGUCUCAGUAUCAACUGACACCUUGGCGUUCAGAUAUGAACCAUGCAAAUGUUGCUACACAAUCAUCUCACUCGAUUGGUGCACCUUUGGCAACUUCAAAUAAAAAUGGCCUUGAACUAGUACCUCAGCAUAUGUACUCCCAUGUAAGGACUCAGGUCUCUGUUGAUGCUCAGGGAGGCACUGAUUGGGGAAUAUUGGGUCCCCACCAGAGUGGCUUAGGUGGUGGGGUAACAACGAAUGUUGAUGCUGAUGGUUUGGGGAGAUAUUCACCUCUUGCAAGCAGGAAUUCUUCAGCCCAUGAUGCACCCACCCACCUGGUGGUUACUCAGGGUGAUACUCUACCAGCACAUUAUGGAGAGGAGAUGUUUAACAAACAAGUCACAUUUCGUGACCCUGUGAGCAACAGUGAAGUGGAUGAUCCUGAUGGAGAUGGAAAUCAUAGUGACAGAGAAACAUCUACUAACUGGAGUUCAGGCAACCCUCCUUAUACAACCACCGUAGAUGAUCCAAAUUCCUCAUUUUCUCCUUAUUUACCACCAGUUCUUGAAGAACCUUCGUCUUCUGAGGCUGCAGAUGAUGAUCCAUUACCAGCUAUAGAGAGCCUUCAAAUUUCAGGAGAAGCUCUUCCAGGAAGGGAACUUCAGGCAUGCGGAUACUCCAUCCAUGGCACCACUAGUUGUAAUUUUGAGUGGAUUCGACAUUUGGAAGAUGGUUCCUUUAAUUAUAUUGAGGGGGCAAAGCAGCCCAACUAUCUUAUCACUGCUGAUGAUGUUGAUACAUUACUUGCCAUUGAAGUCCAGCCUCUGGAUAACAGGAAGCGCAAGGGAGAACCUGUGAAGGUUUUUGCCAAUGAUAACAAAAAGAUCACUUGUGAUCCCGAAAUGCAGAGCCACAUAGAGAAGGCUUUUUAUAGUGGGCAUGCUUCAUACAAAGUUUUUCUUUCGGCUGGAUAUCUUGAUAUAUGGGAACCAGCCACAUUGGCCAUUAAGAAGGAAGGUUGCAGUAUCAAAGGACCAAACGGAGUUGUAAUCACAGAAAAAUUUUCACCGUCCACCACUGUUGUGAUUCCAUAUGGACAUAUUUCAGAAUUUGUUAUAAUUGGUUCCAAUGGCACUGAGCAUCUGUUAAGAGCAGUAAACAACUCAACAGAUGUCAGUAGUGCGAGAGACACUAUUGUACUCACUUUGAGAUUAUUCAUCCAUAGGCAUCUGCAGGCUGGGGAGAAAAGGAGAGGAAAGAAGAAGGGAAUAUUCUUUAACAAGUAAGGGAAAGUCAGUUGCAUUGCAGAAAAUGUCUGCUGUAAGCGGAAUUUGCGGACCAAGAUAUGGGGAUUGGAGUGGUGUUUUUUGUGCUACCUAAAGUUUUGCUCCUUUCAUUUUAUAUAAUAGGGCAGAAUUAGCUUGUGCUGUAAUUGUGAAUUUAUGCAACCGUUUUUUUUUAUUUCAAUGUUUAGUAAUUCUUUGUAGCUCUUUUCCUUGCUCAGCAAGUCAAUUGUUGUACUGCAUGCUGUUCUUGUCAUUUUGUGCAUUUAUUUGCAUGAACCCGCGUGCAAUGUGGCUGCAUAUACGCAUACUAC